AGUGAUAAUGAUGAACUUUGAACUUGCAAAUUGAGGUGUUUAAAUAGAAAAAAAGUGUAAUUUCUAAAAAAAAUUGGAAAAACUUUGUUAAUUCUGGCCUAAAAACACACUUUUUAUUCGGUAUUAGAUUGGUACAAUACCAAUACCAAUACCAGAUACCGAAAAAAAAUCCACAACAUAAUAAAAUACCAAUACCAAAAUACCAAAAUUUGAUAUCUGUAUUGGAGAUAACCGAAAUACCAAUACCAUUUUAUCGGUAUGCAGCCCUGCUUCUGUGAAUGUCAAAAAAACGAAUAUCCGACUAUUCUAUUACAAAUAAUAUUAUUUACUACUUAAAAUUAAAAUGACCGAACACGAUUGCUUUCACAAAUCACAAUGAACAAAGAUCUAAACGAGUCGAAAUGAAAUGAAACUAUAUGAAAGAUCAUUCAAAUUCAACCUAAAUUAUUUUUGUAUUAUUUUAUUUUUAUUUUAUUCAAAAUAAAUUAAAACAAUUUUUUUAGAUAGGUAGUAGACUUCAUUUCUUACCUUCAUUACAUGACGUCAUUCAUCUGCCAUGAUUUUUUUCAGCGGUCAGCGGUGUUUUGCCUUUUGUGUUUUGUUUUUUUUUUCAAAAAAUUUAUUUUUGAUUAUUUGAAGUUGUUGCCGCGGAUUUAACAGUAUUUGGGACUUCACAGUUUAUUUGUUAAUACGGCUACGAAUCGGUCAAGUUAUUCGGUGUUAGCGUUCGAGCGUGAUUUUGAUCUCAUCAUAUGUGUCCCAGUUCCUCGCUAUAUAAUGGAGUCGUUUCUACCUUCUGAGGUCGGUCGUCUGAUCUACGGAUAUUUGGCCGAGAACAAUCAAGAAUUGGCAGAUUCAUUUCUCAACAGUAGCAACGUUAUGAAAGAAUGUCGUCUGUCGAAGAGAAACUCGCGUAAAUUUAGCGCCAAAGUGCAAGGCUUAUCGUUGGUUGACAUAUUAGAUCGCUAUUCUAUAUUAUGUUCGUUGAUUUUCAAACAAGGACCAAGUUCUCAGUGCGUUCAUCAGAAUAUUAUGAAGUUAUUAAAGAACAUUGUGUAUACCCAAGUAUGCGAACGUAACGAACAAUUAGCCAAUGAGAUACUAGCGCAGGAUUUCAAUUUCAAUGAUUCCCGUCGCAGUGAUACGACAGAUCGAAAACGAAUCGAAAAUGAUGACUUGGCGAACGAAAGUAUUUUACGUAAUUCAUCGACGAAUGUAACUCAAACUAUGAGUGAAAUCGCCCCACAUUUGCCUGAUAAUUCAGUUCCUGCUAGUCAAGAUGUUGAAAGUAUGGAUGUAUCGAGUAGUUCGACUGUAAACGAAUCUCACAACUUGAGUAAGACUUUAGAGAAAACUAUCCAAACCGAACCGAUUUCCGUAAAUCGUGCGAUUGAAAACGAAAGCAGUUUAUCAGAUAACAAUGACGCUAGCAAAGCAGCAGAAAACCCCAAAGAAAGCAUUAAAACCAAUACGCCUGAUAAACCGAAACAAGACUCGACGAUUGAUUUAACGCUACGUAAUUCGCAACAAGUUGUUCCUCAAACAUCAAAAGUAAAUGAAAAGACUGCUGCUUGUAGUCGUAAAGAUUCCGAUAAACCCAGGAAGUCUAGUCAACGUGCUAUUUGCAAAACAAAACUGAAGAUGAUGCAGAGUAAAAAUCCAGUCUGUAAAUCUAAACUGAAAGCUGGUCUUAGUCAGGCAACAAAGUCACCGAGUGUAGAAGCUCAAAAAACCAAACCAUCCGAUGAUCUGCUUACACCACCAGAAGCUGAAAAAAGUAGUCGUCUUCCUGCGACUGUGCUGGCUAAUUUAUCGCUUAAUCCGAACUAUAGAAAGGAACAUUACGUUACACCGUACAAACGAUUCCGCGAAUCUAAUCCACCGAUAGAUGAUUCCGAACCGAAUCCUAGUGAAAUUGCCACUGACAUGGCUCAAUCUGUACAACCUGCUCUUAAUAAUGAUGUCUCAGAAGUUGAUAAUCGUAUAAAUCAAGAUUCAAAAUCGUCGACGGAUGAAUGUGAUCCUUUGAACACUAAUCCAGUGCAAACUGUACAGCCAGAUCAAGAUGAGCCAUCGCCAAUUAGUGAGAAAAAAUCAAACACGAAUGAAUCGCCACUCGCUAAAUCUAAUUGUAUUCCACCGGUUAACGAAUCCGAAUCAAAUUCCAACAAAGGCACAUCCGAUACAACUUCUGUUGAUAAUAUUCCUGCCGAAAGUGAAAUGAAAUCAAAUCCUAGCAAAGUUAUGACUGACAUCACUCAACCUGUAGAACCUGCCGUUGGUAAUGCUUUCAACGAAGUUUUCAAUUCUAAAAAUCACAUGUUUAAAUCGAUACCGAUUAUUCUGAAGAAAACGAGUAAACCAGAUCCUAUAAAAAUUAAAGCAGCUCGAAAUGUGCAGUCGAAUCACGUGAAACCGCCACCAACUCCUAAACUGAAUUCAGAUUCGAGAGAACCCGCGUCGAAACCUACGCCAAAAUCUUCAGAAAAUCCAUGUCCACAGUCGAAUCCGGAUUCGUUGAAACAGCUCCAAUUAAUAUUACCUAGAACACCUAUCGGGCUUCCGGAAAGGCGAGUUCCUGGUGAAAAUCCGCAUAUUCAGAGACCUCCGCCAGUAAUUGACGCUAUGGCGUGGGAUGCCAAGUUGAGAAAUUUUGUCGGCGAUUUGCCAGAAUGCUCUAAAGUUAAAAACACUCGAAAAACGCCUCGUAAAACUCCUCGCAAAACGCCUAGAAAACAGAAACGCGAAUCAACCAGCGACUUCGACGAGCAACCUAAGAAACGAAGCAAGAAAGACUCCACGACGCCGGUAUCGAAAAAACAAUCGAAGAAAAAAACCAAACGUGAAUCAAUAAACACGUCUAGUGAUCUCGACAAGUCAGCCGAAGAUAUUCAUAAAGCGAAUCAAAGUCGAAAUGUUAGUAUUUUCGAGCCACCGCCGAAUCAGCCAUCUAGUACCCAGCCUCAGACGGAAAGUCGGCCAUCUUCGAAGCGUGAAUCUUCCAAAGCACGAACAACUCCGGAGCCUGAAUUCACAGAUUAUUUAAACGAUUCCGCCGAAUCCGGUGAUAAAAAAGCUGUCAGUCUCAUAUUACGAACUGCGGUCGAAAACGUAGCCAAAUCUCAGACCGCUGAAAUCGAUUCGCAAAACGUAGCCGAAUCUCAGACUACUGAAGUCGACUCGCAGCUCGAUGAAAUUGAAGAUAUGAGCGAUUAUGGCAUGAAUCUUACCUUAGAAGAAGAAGUUCUUUUAUACGAAGCUAAUCUAACAUCUGUCUAAAUCCUUACCGUUAUUAUUAUUUACCCUAAAAAGUCUUUCUUUUAUUUUGUAAUUUAAUUCCUUAUUUAUUUUGUUAUUUCUUUGUCGAUAU